AUGGAAGAAUCUGUCUCUAGAGCAUUAAUGGAGUCUGAUUUUGUGGAAACUAAAGUAUUAGAAGCGUUGAUUGGUGCGUUUAGUUCAACAUUCUCUCUUAGAGAGAUAGCUUCUGCUUAUUGCAAAGCUGGUUGUAACCCAGACAUGGCAGCUCAAAUUCUUUAUGAUGGUGCUGAAAAGCUAAACAAGAACUACUCUAAUGCUGCCCUUGUCGUUAGCACAACUCAAUGCGAAACAAGUUGUAUAUCAUCAUCAGCUUCGUGUGAAGGUGUUGCUCACAAGACAAAUUGUGCAGAUAAUAGGAACUCUAUGGCAUCAAAAGCGACAAAGAUGGCUGUUUCAAUUGGUUGUGCUUCUGGUGUUAUCGGGUUCAAAGGUUUCAAAACCGGAAAGCCGGCCUUGUCUGCUGGUAGUGCUUCUGGUGAGGGAUAUGUGAUGCGCAACACACCUGCAGAUGGUCCCGUGAGUACAAAUGAACCAUUGGAAUGGGAUAUGAAGGACCUUCCGAUUGAUGAACUCAUAGAUGAAGAUGUUUCAUCAGAUUCAACAGCAAAGGAGGACCAAAUGCAUACAGAACCAGGGAAGAUUUUUGUGGGUGGAAUGUCAUGGGAUACCGAUGAAGCUACUUUGAAAGAUCAUUUUAACAAGUUUGGUGAAGUGGUGGAGACUAAUAUUCUGAUAGACAGGACUACAGGUUGUUCAAGAGGUUUUGGGUUUGUUCGCUUCUCAGAUAAAUCUGUAGCUGAUAAAGUUCUUUUAGAAAAACAUGUCAUUCUUGGAAAAAAGGUAGAUGUGGGAAAAGUAGUGCUAAAGCAUAAUAAUCCUUGCGAUCGAAAGGGUUUUAAUAAGAGUAACGGUAAUAAUGGUCAGUUUAGGACAAAGAAAUUUUUGUAG